GGCGCUCAUUCGCUGUGCAACAGUCAACGAUUGUGGACGUACGAGUACGUGAAGUGAACGGUAUUUUAGAAGAGUACGUUACGAAGAUACAAUUGCCAAGAACUAAACUGGGCUUAAAGCAAAACGCGAACAUAAAAGUGUGAGUGUGUGCGUACAUACAUAUCUUCAUAUGUUUUGUAGUUCCAAAAGCGAAAAACGAAGCAAGCCACAUAAAGAAAAAAGAGCAAUAAACCAGAGGCUAAAGAAAAAUUUCUAGUGUAUUAUUUUGUUGUAGCCCCAAUAAAGCUGUGGUUUGAAGUUAAGGUGAAAAUCAUCAGCAUCCAAACGUGAAGUACAUACUCGUAUAAUACAGAAAGCAAAGAGAGACACCAACCAAAGCAACAAUAAAGUGUAUGUGCAUAAGUAAGUCGAUCGACGAUUGUGCUCAGUAUUAUUCAUACAUACAUACAUACAUACAUAUGUAUUACGCUCUACGUGUGCUCGUUCUUCGUGUGUAAUUCGAAUGGAUGCAAAGUGAUCACCCAAGCCAGACCCAGAAUUCUCACAGACAAACCAGCAAACAGUUAAAGUAUAAACGGGCAGAAAGAAGCAGCAAGUAAGCCAAUCAGCCAGCGAGCAAUUUUUGAAAAUUUAUUUUCCAUACAAUAAGCUGCUCCAUUGCAAUAUACGCACUUAGCUACAUAUUUAGGGUGUGGUACAUAAAUUUUUACUAGAAAAAGUUUAGUAAUUUUGUAUAAGAAAUAUUCGUGAAAAUCUUCAUUCGAAAUUAACCAGUUUGUGCAUAAAUUUACGAUGUGCUUAUUGUCACAAAAAAGAUCAACAGCCAACUUCAUGGCCAACACAAUGUCCUCUUCCUCUACCACCUCCAUCGUCGCCAUUGUUAUCUGCUUGUGGGCGCUGUUGGCGGGCAGUGCGCAAGCGCAACGUACUCCAACAAUAUCGUACAUCACACAAGAACAAAUUAAGGACAUUGGUGGCACAGUCGAAUUCGAUUGUUCGGUACAGUACGCUAGUGAUUACCAGGUACUGUGGUCAAAGACUGAUACGGAUCCCGUCUUCCUAUCCACCGGCUCAACGUUAGUUAUUAAAGAUUCACGUUUCUCACUACGCUAUGAUCCCAAUUCUUCCACAUAUAAGCUGCAAAUUAAGGACAUUCAGGAGACUGAUGCAGGUACCUAUACCUGUCAGGUGGUUAUUUCCGUUGUACACAAAGUGAGCGCCAACGUGAAGCUUUCGGUACGUCGUCCGCCCGUCAUCUCCGACAAUUCAACACAAUCGGUGGUGGCGAGCGAAGGCAGUGAAGUGCAGAUGGAAUGCUAUGCCAGCGGCUAUCCGACGCCAACAAUUACUUGGCGCCGUGAGAACAACGCCAUCUUGCCAACAGAUAGCGCUACCUAUGUUGGCAACAUUCUGAAAAUCAAAUCGGUAAAGAAGGAGGAUCGCGGCACUUACUAUUGCGUCGCCGACAAUGGUGUGAGCAAAGGUGAUCGUCGCAACAUCAAUGUGGAAGUCGAAUUUGCGCCUGUAAUCACUGUACCACGCCCGCGCUUGGGACAGGCUCUGCAAUACGACAUGGAUCUGGAAUGCCACAUCGAAGCUUAUCCACCGCCGGCGAUUGUCUGGCUAAAGGACGACAUUCAACUCUCGAACAACCAGCACUACAGCAUCUCACACUUCGCCACCGCCGAUGAAUACUCCGACUCCACAUUGCGCGUAAUCACCAUCGAGAAGCGUCAAUACGGCGACUAUGUUUGCAAGGCCGUCAACAAGCUGGGACAAGCCGAAGCGCGUGUUAAUCUCUUCGAGACGGUGAUUCCGGUGUGCCCACCUGCUUGCGGGCAGGCAUAUUAUGGCGGUGCCGAGCACUUGACAGCUACCACCUUUGUGUUAUUGGCUAUAAUGGGUGCGGCGGUAUUUGCAAGAUAAGCGCAAGGACAAUGAAGCUGUUUGAGACAUGCAACAUGCGUACAUACAUACACACCUAUGUAUGUGCAUGUAUGGGGAAAGUUUGAAAGAAGUUAAAGAAAAACAAAAAACGAUAAGAAAAGAAAGUUAUUAGAUGCAAGCUGGCAAUGCUGAAGCUUAGAUGUUUUUUGAGAUAAAUAAAACGAAUGAAAUUUUACUGACUAUCGGAAUAUAAACAUACAUACAUACAAGUUAAAAAGUUAAAAAGCAACUCGAAUAGACGAUAUGAUAAAUUAAGUAAAAGAAGCGCAUUUAAAACCAAAAUAAAAACGAAACAACACACACAUACACACGCAAGCAAAAAAGAAGAUGCAAACAAGAAAUAAAGCAUUCCAGCAGUCAUUAAAGCGCAUUGCAUGGCAAUUACAGCUACAUACAUACAUACAUAAUUAAAGUCGCAAAAUUUGUUUUUUUAUUUGUCGAUAUAUGUAAGUUAUUUGUUGUAAAGUUGCAAAAACAAACGUCCAUUUUAGUUAAGCGCACCGCAAACACCUUCCAAGCAUACACACAUUCGCACAUACAUACACUCACACAUGCUUGCUUGCUUGUUAGACUUGCGAGCAUUGGCGGUGGUAUGUGUGCGGGUAUCAAUGUCAAAGGGAUAUAAUCACUUAAAUCUGCAUAUGCGUCUACUCACAUCAGAUGUCUAUACAUAUUUACGUCGAAUAGAUGUAUUUUGCAUAUGCAUGUAGAACCUUGUGGAUAUUUUCCAAUCAAUUAACCUCGUCCGUAAUUAAAUACAUAUGUACGUUUUCAGUUAUUAUUCCUUAAGGGCCUCGAAUAUUUAGAAACUCUCUCGAACAUCACACCACAAUCUUUGGCACUCACAACUACCAAUUAGCAUCACACUUGGGCCGAUGAUUUGCUUUUGUGUAAUAAAAUCACAACAAUUACACACACACAUACAUACAUACAUUCAUCUGUAUUUGUGUUAUAAAUUUCCUUGAAAUACUUAAUUUCUAUUUUUCUAUUCGACAAAAGCAUUAUCGUAAAUUAAAAAUUGAAUAAAAGACAAAAUAAAAAACAAGCAAAUAUUCGCUAUAGAAGAAAAUUUUUCAACUUGUAUUUAUACGAAUAUAAACGAAGAAAAUGUUAAGUGAAAAUUCUAUACAUUUUUGUAUAAUCUAAUCUAUAUCAGUAUACCGCUCUGUAUGUAAAUCAUAAGUUUUUUUAUAAGUAAAACGAAUAAUUUUUUAUAAUAACUACAUUUGUGAAUGUAACAUUUAUGUGACUACGAACCCACUUCUUAUCGGGUGUAAAUAAAAAGUAACGAACUUACUUUAAUACGAUUAUCAGCAUCAAAUAUAAAUGUUAAAGAAAUGUAAUAAUAAUGUGUGACAAACCAAUAGAAUAAAACAGAAUUAAUUAAAA